AUGAUUGGAAAUUCAGAAGUGACAUGUGUAGACGGUUCAUGGGACAGAGAUGUCCCACAAUGUGUGCCAAUGUCACUUUGCCCAAGAAUAAAUGAGAAUGAACCUGGCGUUAAGGAAGUGCUAUUUCAAUACUUAGUUAAAGGGACAGCAGUUGGGAAUGGUACACAGAUCACUGUGGUUUGCUCUACUGGUUAUUUACUUGAUAAUGGACCUGAAGUUAGGACUUGUCUUAAUACUGGUCAGUGGGAAUACGGAACACCACAUUGUAAACCUACUUGCCCUCCAGUGUUGCCGCCAGUUCAUAGUUCAGUGUUGCCAGCUCAUUGUGGAUGGAAGAGACAAGCAGUAGAUAAUGGAUGCAUGGUCAGUUGUGAUGUGGGGUGGUCUAUACAAGGCAACCAUGAAUUACAAUGUAUGGAGAAUGGAGUAUGGUCUGAUGAUACACCCUCAUGUGUGGGUGGGGAAUAUACAGAUUUUCAAACAAAACCAUUUAUUGUUCGGCAAAUUGACGCAAAAAGCAAGAUGGCCGUCUGUCUUAAGGCGAACAUGGAUUCCAAAUUUAAUUGAAGCUGACCAUGAAUGUAGUUCACCCUACCACCAAUGGCACUGGAGAGAUUUAAGCGUCGGGCUUAUAGAAAGCAUAGGAGGUUUAGGACAGUGUUGGUCACCUGCUCGGCAUGGCACAAGAAUCAGACUUGCCCUCGCCCCAUGUGACCCCAUUAACCCCUCCCAGCACUUCAAAUGCUCUGAUUUAAGUUUGCGGCAAUGCGCGUUACACGUUGGUGUUGAGGGUUUGUGGUUGGGUCGUGACAGUGAUGCACAACAUAAAGACAAUCAUAUAUACCUUCUAUCAAACCCUGGUAGUUUCCAAAUGGAUUGGGAAGCACUGGAACCUACUGCAGUAUCUUUGGCAGGGAAUAUGUCGUAUGGAAACACACUGUGCAGAAAAAUCUGUGGGGGUGAAAUCAAUUUGAAUGAAGGCAUCAUACAAAGUCCAGGCUACCCUGUAAGGUAUCAACAAAACACAAUCUGUAGAUGGAUUAUUAAAGCUCCAAACAAAAUGAUCCGGUUCUGGGUCACUGACCUUGACCUUUCACCGGGUCGUGACCUCACGGAUAAAUCAUGUGAUCGUGAUCGUCUCACGAUCAUGGAAGGUGAUGAAUUCACGGAGGAUUCUGCUCAUGUACUUGCUACAGUAUGUGGCAAACUGCAUGCUGGUCAAGGACCCAUCACCACGGUGCAUGGAAAACUACUUCUUGAAUUCCGGAGUGGUAAUUAUGAAGUCACAAAACGUGGAUUUCAAGCAAGAUGGGUGGCUGAAGCAUUAGACCAACCACAAACAGAAUGUGGUGCUACAUCGCCCUCCAGCGGUGGGAAUUUCGCUCGUCUGGUAGGUGGCGUUAAAGAGGCAGUUGAAAAUGUUCCAUGGCAUGCUGCAGUGUUUAGUGACGACGUGGGUACCCGGGACGACAACGAAACCCCCCUAUGCGGCGCCACCAUUAUACGACACAGCUACGCGCUGACGGCAGCCCAUUGUCUCGACCAUCUGACGUCACAGCAGCAGGUUGAUAAAACCAUUCUCGGCUACGCGACUUCUCAGCUUUGGCGGCUGACGCGUCUCUCGCACCUACUGCGUGAUAGUGACAUCACUGUGUCGUCAAUGGAUGACGACACUGGCGCGAGCGUGAUCCGUUUGAGUCGUAUCUACAGCCACCCUACUUACAGCGAAAACCUGGAUAGUGAUAUUGUAUUAAUUAAGGUUGCCGAGCCGAUCACGUGGUCGUCUCGGGUAUUCCCCGUAUGUCUGCCAUCGCCGGAAUCACUUCUUGAUCACGUGGGCCACGGUCGAUUGCACAUCCCAAAGCAAUAUUGCAAACUAGCUGGAUGGGGAAGCUCCUCAGAGCUGGGCGAUUACGCGAGUGAUUUAGCCAGUAUAGAAAUUCCAGUGAUGAGCGACAAACAUUGCGAAAGAUCAUCAGCCAGUUUGUUUGGACGUAGAGUCAAUAUUCGGGCAACGCUGUGCGCUGGUCAUUUUGACGGCACGAGACAAAGCCCUUGCAAAGGCGACGAUGGAGGUGGUCUUACAUGUUCUUGGAACGGCAACCAUUAUUUGGUUGGUGUGGCUGGCGAGCAGUUUGGCGAAUGCUCAUUACUGAACGUACCACGUUACUUUACACGCGUUUCCACUUUCAUUAAGUGGGUUGAGGAUACGAUUCGAAAAUCCAAAUUCGGUUACGACUCGAAUUUUGCGAAGGGGGCUAGGGAGUGGUGAAAUGUGUUUUUAAAUUGAAAUAAAAUUUAAGACGGUUUAAA